AUGGCUCAUAGCCACAACAACGACGAGUCGGCACGUGACCACAAGCAUAGUCGCUUCCAAGUCCACCGAAAGACCCGUCUUAGAGCUGUCAUAGCCAUAUCCUUCUGCUUCUUCGCGGCUGAAAUAUCUGUGGGCUUCUACACCAAAUCAUUGGCUCUCGUUGCUGAUGCAUUCCACUAUCUGAAUGACCUUAUCGGCUUCAUCGUAGCCUUAGUGGCCGUUCAGGUGACGGACCGCAAGACCUCGCCUCCGGAUCUAUCCUUCGGCUGGGCGCGGGCUUCACUUCUCGGUGCCUUCUUCAACGGCUCUUUUUUAUUUGCCUUGGGAAUCAGCAUUGCUCUCCAAUCGAUCGAACGCUUCAUCUCCAUUGAGCGAGUCCAAAAUCCCAAGCUAGUGUUGAUUAUAGGAUGCGUAGGAUUGUUUCUCAAUAUCGUCAGCGCGUUGUUCCUGCAUGAGCAUGAUCACGACCAUGGCUCUGCGGGUAACGGCGACGAAGAGAGCAUAUCAACUACACCCACACAUGAGAACCACUUGCAUUUGACCGCGACGCCAAAAAGGCAUGGCAUGGAUCUGGGUAUCCUUGGUGUUCUCAUUCAUGUUAUUGGCGACGCGAUCAACAACAUUGGUGUUAUCAUCUCAGCAGUGAUUAUUUGGGUUGUCAAAUCACCCAACCGUUUCUACAUCGAUCCAGCAGUUAGCAUGUGGAUCGCCAUCAUGAUUCUGCUCACCGCCGUUCCCCUCACAAAACGCAGUGGUAAGAUAUUGCUCCAAUCUGCUCCUUUGGGCGUCAAGAUUGAGGACGUCAAGCACGACCUGGAGGCCAUACCUGGUGUGCUGAGUGUGCACGAACUCCACGUCUGGCGCCUGGACCAGAAGAAGGCUGUGGCGUCUGCUCAUAUCGUGGUCACUGACCCGGAUAUCGCGAGUUUCAUGAAGAAGGCCAAGGUCUUUUCUCAAUGUCUACAUGCAUAUGGCAUUCACUCAGCAACGCUCCAACCUGAGCUUGCUGUCCCUCCUGAGGAGCUCCAUGGUGUCAAGAGUACGGAUAGGGAGGCAGCUUCAGGUCCCACCAGCGGUACAAACACAGCACGGAUAAGUACUGAGAAAAUGUCGGGUAAAGAAAUCCACAACUACGGAACCGACGAUGGCUGGCAUGGUGUCAUAAAAGAGGGUGGAGAAUUCCCACCAGAGAAAGACAGAUACCAUCUCUAUAUUGGCCUCUUCUGUCCUUUUGCCCACCGUCCAAACUUGGUCCGACAUCUCAAGCACCUCCAGACCUACCUCCCUGUUUCCAUUGUGCGCCCUUAUCCGAAAGGUGAACCAGGCUGGCGUUUCGAUGCUACUUACCCCAAUGCAACACCCGACCACCUCUUCAACAGCCAGUUCAUGCACCAGCUCUACUUUCGCGACGAUCCAGCCUACAAAGGAAAAUACAGCGUUCCUCUCCUUUGGGACAAGAAGAGUAAUCGGAUUGUAAACAACGAAAGUGCUGAAAUGUUGAAAUGGCUGCCUAGUGCGUUCAACUCUGUGCAAGAGAACAGUAUUGAGGCAGAAGUGGAUUUCUACCCUCAAGAACUCCGCCAGAAGAUUGACGAGAUAAGCCCCUGGCUCCAGUCCUUGAUUUGCGCCGGAGUCUACAAAGCUGGUUUCGCACCGAACCAAGAGGGCUACGAGAAAGGCGUUAUUCCUCUGUUCGCGGCACUGAACCGGCUAGAAGAACUAGUACACAGUAAUGGCGGCCCGUAUAUCCUUGGUACCAAGCUCACUGAACUCGAUAUCCUGGCUUAUCCGACGAUAGUUCGCUUCGACACUGUUUACUCGCAGCACUUCAAAACCAACUUGGGGUCGAUACGACAUGAUUACCCUGUGCUCAACAACUGGCUGAAAAACUUAUAUCACAACGUGGAGGGUUUCAGGGAAAGUACAGACUUUAAGCAUAUAAAGGAGAAUUACACCAAGAGUCACAAGGACAUCAAUCCGCUGAGUAUCACGCCGCUAGGACCUUAUCCGGACGUGGAAGAAGGGUACGAGGAUGGCUGGGGUAAAUUAAAGCCUGGGAAGGUAUCGCAUCCGAGAGUGUUAGAGGCGCAGAGCAAGUUGUGA